AUGGAAACAGUAUUUUUUUCAUGUUGCUUCCUCAUCAUCAUCCAUCUGGUGGUGACAUCUGGUGACCAGUUGCUGCACUCUGUGGCUGGGGAGGUUGGGCGUGGCAACUAUACUUACUACAGUUUGAUGUAUGAAGGCCCCAUCACACUCUACCUCUAUUCCAAGCUGGGUGAUGCUGACUUAUAUGUGUCGCAGACAGUGAGCAAACCAACAUUUGAACCGGAGACAUAUUGUCUUCAGUCUUCAACUUGUGGCCUUGAUGUUAUACAUAUUCCACGGAGUUUCUCGCGGCCAAUAGGAAUUGGUCUAUAUGGUCACAUUUCACAUGAGGUCAGCUUAUACUUGCUGGAAGUUUUCUACAGAGAAGGUGAUGAUGAAGCAGACAACUAUGAUCCGUACACUACAGAACUGAAACAGAAUAAACAGCAGGAAGAAGAUGCUGGCAAAGAGAAGGGAUGGCAAACAAGUGAGCUAUACAGUGCCAAGGAGAAAUCCGCUUCAUUAAAUUUGCUGUGUGCAUCUUUGCACAAUUGCACAUGUGUAAAUGCAAAAAUGGUUAUCUAA